AUCUGGGUGGCUCCUCGAUCACAACAAACAAACAAAUCCACAAUUGCGCCAAGGAUGAAUGCGGAGAAGAGUUGGCCUCACAAGUCGGCUGCGGAACUCGCUCAGAUUAUCACUACUGCAUGGGAUGUCCCCAUUAUUGAACAUGACCUUGUCAAACCCACGCCUGAACUCGUUCAACGCAUUUACUCGGCGAUAUUGCUUGACGUGCUUUCACUUGAUGUACAGAAGUUUGAUCGCGACAGGCAAAUGGUUCUCUCAGAGUCUGGUACAGAGUAUACUGAGUAUUAUUAUGAAUCUACAACGAUGCAAAUGCUCCUUUACCAAUUGGGACGGGUUGCAAAGGUUGCCAAAGUCAAGACUUUCACUAUGCGAGACUUGACUCGACCAGACCCUGUCCGCAUCAAUCGCAUUCUCAGUGCAAUCGUCAAUUUCAUGGCCUUCGGGGACUCUCGAGGCUUCCCUGAGUUUCUGGAAAACCUUUAUCGACGAGCUGAGACUACGCGGGAACGAUACGAAGAUCGGAGAGAGGAGCAGGAUACUUUACAACAGGAGUACGCUGAAGAAAGACAACAAUUUGAAGAAGAAAAGCAGUCAGCAAGAGGGAUUAUGCUCGAGAUCCAGGAGCUGGAGAGUGAAUUGAAUGGCCUGAUCGCUGAAGCACGCCAGCUCAACGAGAAUGUCCAUGCACUUAAGGCACGGAAAAAAGAGCGCUCGGAUACCCUGCAACAACUGACGACAGAACGAGAGAAUCUCGUUAGGUCCAAUGCUGCUGACAAAGGUCGUAUUGUCAAAUCGCCGGAGCGUGUAAAACAGAAGAAUGCCAAUCUUGCUGAAUCCGCCGAGGCACUCAAGCCUCAACUCGGGGGUGUUGAGGCGUCCGUGAAGAGCAACCAGGCGAAGAUACAUGCCCUCCACGAUGUCCAAAACGACGUGAAAGAUGCCACGAAGGACCUACAACUUCUUGAGAAGGACCUGGGGAACCUUCGUAUCAGAGACCAGUAUCACCAUGAGAGACGCAGCAAUCUGUCUGAGAAGAAGGAGGAGCUUAAAUCUGCGGGAACGAAAUUUCAGCAUGCGGAGAGGCAGCGCCAAUACACUCUAGAUAAAUUGCAGCGUAUACGUGGGACACAUGAGGAGAAGCAAGAAAUCGCUCGUCGGAAGCACGAGGAUUUGCAAGUACGUCAUCAGAGGCUGGUAAAGCUUCGCGACGAACGACAUGUCGAGCAUCACACCCAGAAAGAGGACAUGGACAGAAUGGCAAAGGAGCAAGACGCAUUCGUCACGGAAAAUCAAACCGAAGUGGACGCCCUUUCUACGGAAUACUACAAGAUGGCACGCAUGAUCGCAAAUUACAUGUUCGAUCUUGAUAAAGAGCUGGAUCUCCAAGUCUUCAGUAAUAAGCAUGUCCUCACCACGGAUGACCAUAAAAAACAUAAGAAAAAAAAGAAGGUCAAGGUGGCUCCAGCCCCGGAUCAAGAGGAGUAACAUGGGAAUCUACUUUGUGUUGCAAUGGUUCUAAGUCCUUGUAUCCCUAUUAAUUGCCUGCAUCUCAACAUCAUUGCCUUGUAUGUAUACUUAGAUUUCAUCCGUGACCCUGAUGCGCUGGCCUCAAACAAAUGGAACUAUAAAAUAAACUACUACGCGCCAAUUAAUCUUUCUUAACUACUUUUGAAAUGUUGUUUCCCUAAAAUCUUGAAUGAAGUCCCC